CACACGAGAUACACGCUUUCUUGAACUUGUCGACAUUGGGUGUCAUGUUACUCGGAUGGUACCUGAAAUACGGCAUUAGUUUAGCAGCAAGUGGACUUUUGCUAGUGGUAGCCACAGAAUCAACCAACAAUCCACCAGCAACCCCCAAACGCUACGACUUAGAUAUCAAGUCUGGAACAUUCAUUGGACCCAUUGAAUCAAGUAACCCUCACAUCCAACAACGCUCUAACAAUCCUUUCGGCGGCCAUGAUUAUUUAAUAUCGACCCACCAACUUUCAUACAACGUUCAGGCCGCAGGACGGCUCCUCUAUGGCGUAUCAUCGUCAUUGGCACAAACCCCAACAGUUUCCAUCAGUGCCGCUCCUCCCACACAAACCACUGCUACGGUCCAAGCUGGCCAAGGAUCCACGAUAGCGUUAGCUCCUCCAACAGUGACUACAGCUCUGACGAACACUUCAGGCACCAAUGUUAUAACCUCUUUCACAUCUGAAAUUGAAGUUCGGCUCAAAUGUAACUUGGACGCGACUUUUUGUUCAAAAGUGGCCAAUGCAUUUGGAUCGGCUAUAAGCCAACUCGGACAGGUCCUCCGCGUCAAAAAUAGAAUUGUCGUUGAUGCCUCUUAUUACAACUUUUGCGAUAAGCAAUGUGCUAACGGGACGUAUGGCUGGGCUCUGCCAUCCUCUCAGUAUACCCUACCUAAUUUACGUGGCGUGGAUCCGAACUAUUUACACCCGCAAGCAUUAGCGAAGCAGUUGUCACCGUACAAUUCUACCUCAUGGUCUACUUCGGACGGUCAAGAUUUUGAUAUAUCGGCGGAAUUCAACCAUGAUGCCUAUCUGGCUGGGACGACCACAGCUUCCACGCAAGGUUGGAAUGGAACGGGUGUCAUACCAGGUGGUCGAUUUUGGUUCCAGGAGGAUACCACUAUUCGAUCAGACCAAAUCGACAUGGAAUAUAUUAUAUUGCAUGAGUUAUUACAUGGCUUGGGUUUCCUAAGCUCAUGGGGAUCUUAUUUUGUUGGCCCAGAAUCGCCGUAUUUCUUGUCUCUUCAAAGCAUGGUUGACCCUUCAUACCUUUCCAUCGCCACGUUGACGCCAAAUUCGUACACAGACAGCAAAAGUGGAGCCGUAUAUCUCACUGGGUUUUUACCGGGAAUGAUCUUUGACAAAUAUGCUAUUGCCAAUACGACACAUGCAGGGUAUUCACAAUCACUAGCUACCAUUGGAGAUGACAUACAAAACUUUUGCCUUCAAAACGAUGGCGCCUACAUAGUCAAUUUCAUCAAACAGUUUCACAAUAGCAACCACUCUUCCAAUGCAGAAUAUGUAUACAACCUCCUCCACACCAACCAAAGUAUGGCAUUCAACCUUUCUUCACAGUCAUUUAGCAACCUUUUUUCGGCCGACCAACAACCGCUCAUGGCUAAUAGUAUCACUUUAUACUCUGCUUCAAACACCAGCAACACUGAACUUUCUCCAAGCAAUUUUCGGCCUGGGCUGAUGAUGUCGCACUUGGAUGAUUCGUACCUGGGGACACCCAACUUUCUAAUGUCCCAUUCCUAUGAGAGUGGUAUCACUUUGCAAGAUUUGACAGCAAAGGUAUACCAAAACUCUCCGCCUAUUUAUAUUAACACCACUUUGAACGGCACCACCGUCCAGACUCUCUAUAACUUUACCAUUGGACCUGGCAUAUUGGACAUUCUCAACACAAUUGGCUAUGGAUCCAUCACCAACAAUGUUACCUACCCAGCUGUCUUUAGCUCCGACAAACAAUAUGAGCCGAAAAAGAGAAGCGGUUGCAGCUCGGGCGGUAUGUCUGGAUCACAAACUUCCUUUGGAAUAUCCAUUAGGUCUAUCCCGCUGCGUAUACCUUUGGUCAUAGCCGUUGCCUUAGCGACAUUGAUACCACUCUUAUAGAUUUCGAAAUCCCCAUUUUGUACCACUACAUGAUAAGAAAAUGACGCUCGGCAGCAGGUUGAUAUUGCAAAAAGUAGAUUGUA